CUGAAGUGAAAGCAAAGCCGUUCUUCCAUGACUGGUCCUCAAAACACAAUGCGGGUUUGUUCGAUUUGUGUUACUCUGGCACUUGGAGGUUUUGCGCAAAAAGUGUCACAGUCAAAUAGAGUGUUCUCUACUCGUCGCUGGACUGUUGGUGUUGUAAAAGAGAAGGUAUUGUACCGUGUUCUCCCCCUACACUACUUUUGUAGAACAGUGUCUCCAAUUUUACACUGGGGAGGAAUCCUCUCCUUCACCGGUGAGCAUUUUCUGCCCACAACUUAGUGCGCAGCUCAAAUGUUGCCAAGGGGACACAUGGUUUGGCGUACUUCAGCGCGCAGACCACGUCCAGAUGAGCUCCGUUUACAUUGGCCUAUACUCUUCAAGAUACCCAAGAGUUCCCGUUGUGUCGGGUGUGCGUCAUCCAUGCCUGAUUAGACCUGUAGUCUGACGUCGCCGGGUAUCAUUCAUGCAAGACACCUCAUACAACGAGGAAAAUCUAAACUGACUUUAAAAAAAGACACAUCCGGACUGACGAAAACCACCUUUAUCAUGAAAACGUCGACCAACAAGUUGCUUCGGGGUGCGUAAUUUCCAUCUGAGCGAGUUUGAAGCAUAAUCCGCAACGCACGUGAUCGACAAAUCACUUCAGCUGCAAAUAUUUCGGAUUUGUCAAGAGAAAUAAGUCCCGGACCGUCUGUGGAGACAGAUCUUGUCCGAUUACGGCGGGAAACAGGAGGAGACCGGCUCCAUGCCUCGCUGCGUCUCCAGGUGCUCGGCUGGCCACCACAUGGUAACUUUGCGCACACAGCACGUUGGAAAGAGGACAUAUAGAGAAGGGAUCUGAAUGAAUGGGACUGAGAUUUAUUCGCGUUUCUCUUCUCGCCUCCCACAGACUGUUGUAUGUGUUGUGUAUCCUGCUGGUUGAGGGUGUCUCACGUUAUCAGCAGAUAUCGAUUCAGCGGUGGAUAGAGCCAUCACUCCAAUAGGGAACAGCAAAUGUCGAAGAAACGGAAAAGUCCUGACGACCAGGACUUUGAGGAAUCUCCGCCUGCAGGAUGCAGUCACCAAGGCUUGACAGAUGAGAAAGUGAAGGCCUACCUCUCGCUGCACCCGCAGAUGCUGGACGACUUUGUGCUGGAGAGUGUGAGUGCAGAGACGUUGGACAGAUGGCUGAAGAGGAAGACCGGCAGCAGGCCUGCAGAUGACACAUCAGCUAAAGACGUCAGCAGGCAGUACCAGGACACAAAUAUGCAGGGUGUGGUGUACGAACUCAACAGCUACAUGGAGCAGCGCCUGGACACUGGAGGAGACAACAAACUCCUGCUCUAUGAGUUGUGCAACAUCAUCAAAACAGCAACAAAAGCUGAUGGAUUUGCACUUUACUUCUUGGGAGAAUGCAACAAUAGUUUAUGUUUGUUCACUCCUACGGGGGCCAAGGAUGGCCCUCCAAGCCUCAUCCCCUCCGGCCCCAUCGCAUUUGGGACAACCAUUGCCGCUCAUGUUGCCAAGACUCGCAAAACACUGCUAGUAGAGGACAUCAUGGGGGACGAGCGCUUCCCCGACGGCACAGGGCAGGACUCAGGGAUCCAUGUUCACUCUGUCCUGUGCCUCCCCAUUCUCACUGCCAUCGGGGACCUCAUUGCCAUCUUGGAGCUGCACCGGCACUGGGGCAAGGAGCCCUUCAACCUCAGUCACCAGGAGGUUGCAACAGCUAAUUUAGCAUGGGCAUCAGUUGCUAUUCAUCAAGUACAGGUGUGCAGAGGCCUCGCCAAACAGACUGAGCUCAAUGACUUCCUACUAGAUGUGUCAAAAACAUACUUUGAUAACAUUGUGGCAAUAGAUUCUCUACUUGAACAUAUUAUGUUCUUUCAAACCCCGGAUGUUGCUAACAAGGUUCUGUCCCUGGUGCUGUUUUUGCAGAUAUAUGCAAAAAACCUGGUGAAUGCGGAUAGGUGUGCACUCUUCCAGGUAGAUCACAACAACAAAGAACUGUACUCUGACCUGUUCGAUAUUGGGGAAGAGAAAGAAGGCAAACCUGUCUUUAGGAAAACCAAAGAAAUUAGGUUUUCUAUAGACAAGGGAAUAGCUGGCCAAGUGGCUCGGACAGGGGAAGUCUUAAAUAUCCCAGAUGCCUAUGCAGACCCACGGUUCAACCGAGAGGUGGACCUCAAAACCGGCUACACCACGCGGAACCUCCUGUGCAUGCCCAUCGUUAGCAGGGGGAGCGUUAUAGGUGUGGUGCAGAUGGUAAACAAGCUAAGCGGAAGUGCCUUCACUAAAACAGAUGAGAACAACUUUAAGAUGUUUGCUGUCUUUUGUGCUCUGGCCUUACACUGUGCAAAUAUGUACCACCGGAUCCGGCACUCUGAAUGCAUUUACAGAGUGACGAUGGAAAAGCUGUCUUAUCACAGCAUCUGCACGUCAGAAGAAUGGAAGACCCUUACCCAGCUCAACCUCCCUGCACCCAUUUAUAAAGAGAUCGAAACGUUCCACUUUGACAUCAACCCCUUUGAGGAGAUCUGGCCUGCUGUCUUUAUCUACAUGGUUCAUAACUCCUGUGGAAAGACCAGCUUUGAGCUGGAGAAGCUGUGCCGGUUCACCAUGUCUGUACGGAAGAACUACCGGCGUGUGCCCUACCACAACUGGAAACACGCAGUGACGGUGGCACACUGUAUGUAUGCCAUCUUGCAGAAAACCACUGGGAUGUUCACAGAGUUAGAGAAGAAGGGUCUGUUGAUAGCCUGCCUGUGCCAUGAUCUGGACCAUCGGGGGUACAGCAACACAUACCUGCAGAAGUUUGACCAUCCGCUGGCGGCUCUGUACUCCACCUCAACCAUGGAACAACACCACUUCUCCCAGACUGUCUCCAUCCUGCAGGAAGGGCACAAUAUUUUCUCCAACCUGAAUUCCAGCGAGUACGAGCAGGUGUUGGAGAUCAUCCGGAAGGCCAUCAUUGCCACGGACCUCGCCCUGUACUUCAACAACCACCAGCAGCUGACGGAGCUGCUGACCUCACGUGCACUGGACUUGAACAACCACACACACAGGGACCGUGUGAUUGGUCUGAUGAUGACAGCAUGUGACCUGUGUUCUGUUACCAAGAAAUGGCAAAUCACACGACUCACAGCCAACGACAUCUAUGCUGAGUUCUGGGCUGAGGGAGAUGAGAUGAAGAAGAUUGGAAUUCAGCCGAUCCCUAUGAUGGAUAGAGACAAGAAGGACGAGGUUCCCCAAGGCCAAGUGGGAUUCUACAAUGCUGUUGCGAUUCCAUGUUACACGACACUAUCAGAACUUUUCCCUCCAUCCAGUCCUCUUCUAAAAGCCUGCAAGGAGAACCUGAGCCAGUGGGAGAAGAUAUCGCGGGGAGAGGCGGAGGACAUAGUGCCAAGCCGGCCUUCUGAUUCAGGCCCUGUCAAGGUGGACAACUGACUACCAAAGGGGUUGCUGGCCCACCAAAGGAAUACAACCGGAACCCUGCCACGGACCUGGAACUAUGUAAGGGGAAGAACCCACAUCCUGUGUUAGCAGGAGACGGAUCAGCUAAAGGCGACUUGACUUUGAAAACACACAGUUACCUCAUUGGGUGACGGAGGUGUCAACACUGACGGUUUCACCGAUCCCAGAGACUGACAAACAGCCGAUGGGGAGGGACUUCUACCCAUCACCCUACAUCCACUCAGCUUGGGAAUUAAUUUGGUAAAAUGGACUUGUGCCGUUUUGGUUGUUUUAUGCUAUUAUGUGAUUUUUUUUUUUUUUCAUUUGAGCUGAUUCUUUUAUGGUCUUGUAUUUGCAGAGGCCUUACUCUGAACCUUUCACAGGCUAGAAUAUGUGAAAUCUUGUUGUCGGUUCAGGCUUUUAUGAAUUGGUACUGUUUGCCUUCUGCGGUAGGUUUAUCGUACGUGCACUACUUCAGCAAGGUAUUCCCAGAGACAGAAGGAAUGUGUAGAGCAGAUUACUUACUGAGAAGGUGGAUGUCAGAAUGUGUUUAUAUCACUUUUUGAGCAAAAAUCCUUUGCUGUACUUGAAGAGAGACAUACAGCCUAUUCUACAUGGAGAUGGCAGAAAUCCCCCCCGCAGCAUAUUCAUCAAAACGAUGGACUGUGACGAGAGGAGUUAGAUAAUGUCGACACUUGUGAACACAGUCACGAGAGAGUCACAAUGUUUCUCCCUGAAGUGCCCCCCACCCCAGCCCCCACAUGACUUAUAGUAAGCCAAGACUGCAUACCAUUGGAUUUCCACUCUCAUAACAUUUUUACACGCCUCUAUCACAUCAUAAAUUAUUUGACACUACAAUCUGGUCCCUACUCAUUAAUCAGCAAUCACUUCUACGACCAUGAAUAAAACACAAGUAAAAUGAGGAUACUGCACAAGUUGCCUAAGUGUCUCAGCGGAUUAUAAAGAUUUGUUUGUUUGCAGUGGCACAACAAACUUUUUACAUGUUAACCACCUUAUGUAAUGUCCACACAGUUCCCUGAUUUAUAACACAAGGUCAAAGCAUGAUGAAUUAUUAAGGUAUAAAUUAAAUAAAAGGAUGGGAUUAGUUUUAGCUCUUUCGUGAGCCCAUACAGUCUCUUUGUCUUUUCAGGUUCAAAGCAUUAUUGUGAAACAUUUAUGACACUGAACGCUGCUGAUGCCAGGCACAGCAGCUCAAGAGACGUCUCAAUGGUCAGCUUCGUCUUGUCCCAUAAUGUCAAACCUGUUAAGCUAAAGUGCAUCACCUGUCUAUCUCUGGGAUUGCAACUCAAGAAUGUUGGCUGACUUUUUGCAGGUGUGAAACAAGAAGCUCCCCUCAUAUCCACGACCUGUUGAAGGAAAUAAACCAUCCUCCUUAUGCUGACUCUCUCACAUCAUGCAAGGGGGGUACAUUUGGACUCUUCUCAAUGAGUUUCCGAGAUCUUCCAAAAGACAAUAGUUUUGUCUGAAACUGUCAUUCCAGUGGACGUCGUCCCUCCAAGACUGAAAUUACCGCUCAAAUAAUUAGUUUUAUGACUGGUACUGUGGCCCCCAAUGGUGUGAAUGUACAUUUUGAUGAAUGUUUUGUUGAUUGCAGAUGCUCAGUGGUGGCGUGAUGUGCUCUGUCUUACUUUUCAGAAUUGCUUCCAGUAAGCUUCAACCAAGAGCAACAGUUAGCAUGCACAUAAACUGAAGUUUAUGUAUAGUUUUUGCAUAUACGGUAAUAGAUGUAUACUGUGUACAAUCUAGGAAUUAUUUUGUACAGAAUGAUGUAUGCUCUGAUGGUGCUAAACUGAAUGGCAGUCGUGCACUUUCUUACUGGGUGUGUAUAUUGUGUGCGUGUGUGUGCAUGCGUGUGCGUUAAAGAGAGAGAGCUUUUGACUGCCCACCCCCCCCAACUCCAUGACACUGCACUGUCCCUUCUAGUUUUCAGCACCAGUUAUAUCCCAUUGUCUGCACUAUGUUUAGCAUAUGAUCUUUAUCAUUAUUAUUGAUGAUUAUUAUUAUUGCUAUUAUUACUAUUGUUAUUUUCUUAAUUAGAGUUAAAUUUAAAUUAACUUAUAUUUUUUAUACAAAGAAAAAUAAUGUUGGCCUUUUUGUUUUGUACAAAGUAAAUAUUAAGAUAAACAAAACGGUCUAGACAUGUUACUGUUACCCAGAAUAAUUGCGGAAUGUCUCAACUGUAAAUGUAAGAGCAGUAGCCCAAAUGACUUUUAUUAAAUACCUGAAAAACA